AUGGAUAGUUUGUAUUCCUUAUUCUCCUAGAUUCUAUUGAUUACAACAUCUGUUAUUUUAUUGUUCUCUAUGACAAUUGCAUUCAGAAAGAUCAUGAAAGAUGUGAAUGAUAUUUUAGACUCAACGGAUAAGCUAGUCUUCUUCAUUGCAGCAUUUCAAUGUACUAAAUUUUGAAAUUUAGAGUUGUUGUUAUUGGCAUUCUUAAUUAAAUAGUAUACACUAUUCCUAAGUGGAUUGCGCAUCCUCAGAAUGCUUUAAGAUUUAAUGCUGUUGAAUUGUUUAAUCAAAUUGGAUAGCGACAAUGAGCAAUGCUUAGUAAAUUUCAACAUUAUAUAGUUUAUCAGAAAAUCGUCGAUAAGAUCUCCAAGCUAAUUUCAUUGAUACUUCUUUCUGUCUCCGGAUUCAUUGUGUUUCUGGAAGGCUUGAAAUCACACUUUUAAUGUGAUCAAUAAAUCUGGAUGUUACUUUCAGGAUUGCUCCUAUUAACAAACAUCAUUUAAUUAUAUUUCGGACUUAAAAUACUGAUUCAGAUUUACAAAUACUGUCAAGAUUCAAGCAAUCAACAUAUGUUCGAUGGUUUGCAUAAAAUAAUGAUGGACGAAUUAUAAAAUAGGAAGGUUUAAGUGAUAGUCUUUAUCCUUUGCUGUAUCAACUCCUCUGUUGUGAUGCUACUAUAUGAUUACACAAUGUUUGAUCAACUCAACCCUACAUUCUGUCUCCAAAAGACCACCAUUACUGAAAUUCUUGUUUAUAUUGCUGUCACUAUAGUCUCAUACUAAUUACCUUGUUUAGGAAUAUACUACGUGUUUUAUCAUAAGAAUAAAAAGUAUUUGAACAAUCACAAUUGGGAAAUACAAAGAAAUAUCGUCAAUUUCUAUGAUGAAAGAAGUGAAAUAGAAUUGGGAGAUUAUUAAAACCCAUAAUGA